GGGGACCGCGGGCUGAGUGGAGGACGGCGGAGAUGGAGGAGCCUGACGCGGCGCGGCCACCCUCUCGCCUGGUCAGGCUGCUGUCGGCGCUCUUCUACGGGACAUGCUCCUUCCUCAUCGUGCUGGUCAACAAGGCGCUGCUGACCACAUACGGUUUUCCCUCACCAAUUGUUCUUGGAAUUGGGCAGAUGGCCACCACCAUAAUGAUACUGUAUGUGUCCAAGCUAAAUAAAAUAAUCCACUUCCCUGAUUUUGACAAGAAAAUUCCUGGAAAGCUGUUUCCUCUGCCCCUUCUCUACGUUGGAAACCACAUAAGUGGCUUAUCAAGCACAAGUAAAUUAAGCUUGCCAAUGUACACUGUGCUCAGGAAAUUUACAAUUCCACUCACUUUACUCCUGGAAGCCAUCAUACUCGGGAAACAAUAUUCCUUGAGCAUCGUCCUCAGUGUUUUGGUCAUCGUGUUUGGGGCUUUCAUAGCAGCUGGCUCUGACCUUGCAUUCAACUUGGAAGGCUACAUUUUUGUAUUCUUGAAUGAUAUCUUCACAGCAGCAAAUGGAGUUUAUACCAAACAGAAAAUGGACCCGAAGGAGCUGGGGAAAUAUGGAGUGCUUUUCUACAAUGCCUGUUUCAUGAUCAUCCCAACUAUCAUUGUUAGUGUUUCUACUGGAGACUUUCAGCAGGCCACUGAAUUCAGCCACUGGAAGAACGUCUUAUUUAUCAUUCAGUUUCUUCUUUCAUGUCUUUUGGGGUUUCUGCUGAUGUACUCCACAGUUCUUUGCAGCUAUUACAACUCGGCUCUGACCACAGCAGUGGUUGGAGCUAUCAAGAAUGUAUCGGUUGCCUACAUUGGGAUGUUGGUUGGUGGCGACUACAUUUUCUCUCUCUUAAACUUUAUAGGGUUAAAUAUUUGCAUGGCAGGUGGUUUAAGAUACUCCUUUUUAACAUUGAACAGCCAGUUAAAACCUAAACAACCCAUGGAUGAAGAAAGCAUCCCUCUGGAUAUGAAGAGCUAGACUGGAAGAUGGAGUUACAGGCCUAGGCUGGAGAGGACAGUCCCAAGAUCCCACACCUGCGACAGUCACCUGCUUGGUCAGAGCAGGAACAGGAAUGUCUGUGAAAUACGAAGAAAGCUACCUCACAUAUCACUGCACGUGAGCCACAAAGGGACCCAAGACACACAGCACAGAACCUUCCCUGACUAAGUGAAUUUGCUCAAAGUCAGCCUUGGGGCCUUACACUGUGUGCUGAGGGGAUGUUUCAAGGGUGAUUACUUAUCAGCACCUUGGCCUUAAUUUCAAAGGUCCCAGCCAAAGCAAGUGCCAGGGAGAACUUUUUGUUGUUGAAACAUCUCUUUAUUUUCAUAAAAAUCAGUCUGUUUUGAUUUAAACUGUGUUGGUAUGUUGUUUUCCAACUCAUCAAAGUGAAAUAAAAAGCCAUUUCUGUA